AUGACAGGAAAGUCACCAACUUCUCCAUGCGCAACUCGAUGGAACUCUUAUUACAAUUCCAUACAAGAUCUUUUAGCCGUACAGACCAGUCUUAGUGAAACCAUGAAAAUGCUAAAAUUACCUCCUUUGAAGGAAAAUGAAAUUCACUUCUUAAGUGAAUAUGUGGACUGUUCAAAGCCAUUAGCAGAAGCUAUUCAAAGCCUGCAAGGGGAAAAAGACAUUUAUUAUGGUUCUCUCUUACCCGAGCUAGUAAGAAUUCAACAUGUGAUCAAAUGUCUUAGGACGGAAAAUCUAAAAUACUGCAGCUCUCUGUUAGAUGUGAUUGAAGAAAACUUAAAUAGACGUUUUAAAAAGUUUUUGCAGUUAGAGCCUGCAGCAAAUGAUGCAAUAUUGGCCUCAGUGUCACAACCGUUCUUUAAAAUGAGAUGGGUACCAAAAGCGCGGAAAGAAUAUGUAAAAGAACUUAUCCUGACUGAAACACGAAAAAUUAAUCGAACUGAAAAACUAAAAUCGGAGGCUUUAGACAAUAUUGAAGGUGAUAUAAAAAAGAAGUUAAAAGAUGAAUCUUAUUACAUGUUUUUAGAGGAUUCUGAUUCCUCUGUUGCAAGUGCCGAAAACACAGGAUCUACGGGCAGCACCGCUGACUUUGAAACAUUGCAGUACUUAAACAAUAAAGAUACCGACAUAAAGAGCUUAAAUGCUUAUCCUACAAUAAAAAAAAUAUUUUUCAAAUACAACACUUGUUUGCCAAGUUCUGCCCCUGUGGAGCGACUUUUCUCAUUAGGGGGCAUGAUCAUGAGGCCUCAUCGAAGAAAAAUGAGUGAUAAACUAUUUGAAGAACUGAUUUUACUUAAGUCUCAAUUGAAAAAUUUCAAAUAAUUUAAACAAACAAAUAAAACGGAGGAAAAGUGGGUGAAAUUUAGCUUGUAAGAUUUGAGUACAAACACAGGUGAAACUAAAUAAAAGCUUACAAAAAAAAAAUGUUUCUUAUGAAUAUGCUUAAAAAAUCCCCUUUGUCCCUGGAACCAUCUGGUCUAAGAUUUAGGUUUUUGUGGUCUUUAAUAAACAAACUUAAAUUCAAAUCAUUUUUUAGAAAAGUAUUUGUAUUUAUAAAAAGUAUCUAUAAGAUACCUAUUUUGUAUCUAGUAUUUCAAAUACUUUUCUCGAAAGUAUUUUGUAUCUGGUAUCUGAAAUACUUAAUUCAAAAGUAUUUUGUAUCUUGUAUUCCAGAUACUUUGUACAGGGUAUUUUGUACAUCUCUGCUCGCCAUUGCCUGCCCAAACGUUUACCAAUUAUAAUAUACUCAGAUGGCUGCACAAGCCAAAACAGAAAUAA